AUGCAUUUUUCUUCAUUGACAAGCUUUAAACUGACAAACGUUAUUUCUCUGCUUGUUCUUCAGCUACAAGACCUGGCUAUGCUUCCAGCUAUUCGAGAUCCAUCGCUAAACACAGCUGAGUGUGUGAUAAAGGGUCAUGAUCCAAAUUUUGAAGCCAGAGGACGAAGUCCUUACAUCAGAGCAGUGUUAUGGUUGUCUUUGAUUUUUGUAAUUGUUAGUGGCCCUUCGUUAGCUAAGUAUGUAAGGGACUUAGAAGAACUGAGUAACAAUAACAAUUACAAGAAGAAAAACACAGUAAAAGCUGUGUGUUUUUCUUUUUAUCUACUGUCAAUACCGGGCAGUUUGCUUAUCAUCGUUGCCUUGGUACUCUCAAUUGUUUACCGGGGUACUGAUAUUAUUGCAAUUUUAGCACUGAUAAUUGUGGUUAGUUUAGGAGAGUUCACUUACAUCUUGCAUAAAAUGUGUGAUAACAAAGUGGAAGGCGGUUUGUGCUUUUUAAAAAUAUUUGGAGGACACGCGGUAAGCUAUAUACUCUGCUGGAUUGUAACUGGAAUACGAAUUAAUCCCACGUGGGGUUUAACUAUUGCUCUUCUUGUUAUCUCUGUUUUUGCUGCUGUCACUUACGCAAAGUAUCUUUACCUCGAGGCAUUCCCCGAGGGUUCUAACGGUGCUACUAACCAUCGCAGACAAGUCAAAGCCUUUUUAAUGGCUUGUUGCCUUGCUGUCCUGAUCCUUUUUCUCAUAGUUAUUUUUGCAGGACACUCAAGUAGUGAGAAGGAAAUGGCUGUAGAUGAAGUGCUUAAAACCACCUCGUUGUACUUCAUCACUGCAUUUAUCGCGUGGGCUACUACUUGGAACAAGCAUGAUUCGGCUGAUGCUUCUACAAACACUUGUCCCCCUUCCAAUAGAAAUGUUGUCCCAAAUGCUGAACAACAGGACCAGAAUUCUCGUUUAGUUGUCGGUCCCUCGUCCUCA